AUGAACAACUACCCCAACUUCCCUCCCUGGACUCCCUGGGAUGACACUCAACCAGGCAUCGGCGGUCCAGGAAUGGGCGGUCCCUUCUCUGGUUCUUCACUCGGUGGACACAGCGGCUUGGGUCCGUACGGCGGAGGCCGUUUUGCUAGUGACUACGACGAUUUCCCUCCUGGUGGUUAUAUAGCUCCUCCCGGCGGCUAUCUUGUGAAAGGGCUGGGUAGGAGAAUGAGACAAGGGAGGGAGAGAAUGGAAAGAGUUAUGGCUGUGAGAGCUGGAGAUGGGUUUUGGGGUGGUAGGGAGGAGUGGGAGAGGGGUGGGUGGAGGAGGAGUGGGUUUUUCAGGGGAUAUUAUGGGGGGAGGUGA